GAAUGAUAUAUCACUAUCAUAUCCUCUUCUACCAUGGCCUUUCCACCUUCUCACAGUUUCAUGUUUAACACUCAUAAUGAAGACUAUGACCAUCUCCCUUCAACCUCACUCAACGCCUUCUCCUCUUUGCCAACACAACACUUCCAAGGGGGUGCAGCUUUCAUGUUGAAGAGAUCCAUGUCGUUUUCAGGCACUGAGAACAAGUGUGAUGAAGUGCAUGGAGAUGAUGAGUUGUCUGAUGAUGGGUUCCAGAUUGGGGAGAAGAAGAAGAGGUUGAAUUUGGAACAGGUUAAGGCACUUGAGAAGAGUUUUGAGUUGGGGAACAAGCUUGAGCCUGAAAGGAAAGUGCAACUCGCUAAGGCAUUGGGGUUGCAGCCAAGACAGAUCGCUAUAUGGUUUCAGAAUAGAAGGGCUAGAUGGAAAACCAAGCAAUUGCAGAAGGAAUAUGAAAUCCUCAAGAAGCGGUUUGAAGCAGUCAAGGCUGAUAAUGAUGCCCUUAAGUCUCAGAACCAGAAACUACACCAAGAGUUACAAGCUCUAAAAAGUAGGGAAUGUUGUGAAGCUGGAAUAAUCAGCCUUAAGAAAGAAAAUGAGGGUUCUUGGAGCAAUGGAAGUGAAAACAGUUCAGACAUUAAUUUAGAUCUCUCAAGAACACCAGUUUUGAUUAGUCCUGUAUCUUCUCAGAAUGGUAAAAGCCUUCUAUCUACUUCCUUAAAGCCCACCGGCAUAACUCAGCUCCUCCAAUACUCAUCAAGACCAAACCUUCAAGAUGAAGGCUUCUGCAACAUGUUUCACAACAUUGAUGAGCAACAGAACUUUUGGCCCUGGCCUGAACAGCACCAUUUCCAUUGA